AAAAAUUUGGCACUAAACCGGAAGUAAAAUUAAUCACCCCCUUGCUGUUUCCUGUGACGUAGUGCUAGCUCCCGAUGCUACACGCGGGAAACAGGCGAAGCUGCUCAUCACAUUGACAAGCAACAGACAUCGCCUGUGGCCGAGAUGGGAGACACACUGGAGUUCAACGAGAUCUAUCAGGAGGUCAAAGGCUCCUGGAAUGAUGGGCGGCUGCGCUUCAGUAAGCAGAAUGUGGUUUAUAAGAGCAGCAAGACGGGGAAGGUGGACAGUAUCCCGGCCGCUGAGCUCAACCUGGCCCAGUGGAGACGAGUGUGUUUAGGUCAUGGCAUCAAACUGGGCACCAGCUCAGGACUCGUCUACAAAUACGACGGCUUCAGGGACACCGACCUGGAGAAGAUCUCCGAGUUUUUCAAGGCCAACUACAAGGUGGAGCUGUCAGAGAAGGACAUGUGUGUCAAAGGAUGGAACUGGGGAACAGCAAAGUUUUCAGGCCCACUGUUAUCCUUCGAUGUAAAUGACAAUACAGCGUUUGAGGUCCCGCUGUCCAACGUGUCCCAGUGUGCUACUGGGAAAAAUGAAGUCACUCUGGAGUUUCACCAGAAUGAUGACACAGAGGUCUCCCUCAUGGAGGUCAGAUUCUAUGUCCCGCCCAGCCAGUCAGAUGAAAGACAAGACCCUGUGGAGGCGUUUGCCCAGAGUGUGUUAUCUAAGGCUGAUGUGAUCCAGGCCACAGGAGACGCUGUGUGUAUCUUCAAAGAGCUGCAGUGUCUCACACCCAGAGGAAGAUACGACAUCCGUAUCUACCCAACUUUCCUUCACCUCCACGGUAAGACCUUUGAUUACAAGAUUCCCUACACCACCGUGCUUCGCCUAUUCCUGCUGCCACACAAGGAUCAGAGGCAGAUGUUCUUUGUUAUCAGUCUGGAUCCUCCCAUCAAGCAGGGUCAGACCCGCUAUCACUUUCUCAUCCUGCUCUUCUCUAAAGAAGAGGACCUCAGCCUCACUCUCAACAUGAGCGAAGAGGACGUGGAGCGCCGUUUUGAUGGUAAACUCAGUAAAAACAUGUCAGGCUCUCUGUAUGAGAUGGUCAGCAGGGUGAUGAAGGCCCUUGUCAACCGCAAGAUCACUGUGCCUGGAAACUUCCAGGGCCAUUCUGGGGCUCAGUGCAUCACCUGCUCUUACAAGGCCUCCUCUGGCCUCCUCUACCCUCUGGAGAGGGGCUUCAUCUACGUCCACAAGCCCCCCGUGCACCUGCGCUUUGAAGAGAUCUCCUGCGUCAACUUCGCCAGAGGCACCACCACAACGAGAUCCUUCGACUUUGAGAUUGAGACAAAGCAGGGGAAUCAGUACACCUUCAGCAGCAUCGAGAGGGAAGAGUACGGCAAACUUUUUGACUUUGUUAACGCCAAGAAGCUCAACAUCAAAAACCGAGGCUUUAAAGAGAAGAAGGGCAUGAAAGGUAACAUUGAUGAGUACAGUGACUCGGACGAAGACCAGCAUGACGCCUAUCUGGAGAGGAUGAAGGCCGAGGGUAAAAUCAGAGAGGAGGGCAACGACAGCGAUGAAUCAGACGGAGAGAGUGAUGAGUCGUUUAACCCCGGAGAAGAGGAUGAUGACAUUGCAGAAGAGUACGACAGCAACGCAUCAGCAAGUGACAGCAGUGAUGAAGAAGGCGACAGUGACAAUGAGAGCGCAAAGAAGAAGAAAGUCAAAAAAGCCAAAGUGGUGAAGGAGAAGAAAGAGAGGAAACCACGCAAGGAGAAGAAGAAGCAAAAAGACAAGGGCGGCCCCAAAAGACCGAUGAGUGCCUACAUGCUGUGGCUCAACGCAAGCCGCGAACACAUCAAGUCAGAGAACCCAGGAAUCUCCAUCACUGAGAUCUCCAAGAAAGCUGGAGAGAUGUGGCGACAACUGGGCAAAGAGGAGAAGGAGGAGUGGGACACUAAGGCAGCAGAGGCCAAGAGGCAGUACGACAAAGCAAAGAAAGAGUAUGCAGAGAGCGGUGGAGGAGCAACCUCCAGUCCCAAAAAGGAGAGUAAAAAGUCUGCAGGGAAGAAGGAGGAGAAGAAGAGGAAGUCCGCAGGGGGAGAUAAGGACAAGGAGCGGGGAGGCAACGACAGCUUCAAAAGUAAAGAGUUCAUCGAGACCAGCGAGGAGAGUUCAUCUGACUCUGACCGCAAGAGCAAGGCAAAGAGGAAGAAGGGGUCAGAUGACGAAGAGGAGGAGGCUGCAUCCACACCGGCCAGCUCAGAGGAAGAGUCAGACUAAACACAAACUUUUACUCAUUGUACACACACACACACACACACACACACACACACACACACACACACACACACACACACACACACACACACACACACACACACACACACACACACACACACACACACACACACACACACACACACACAUGGACCAAGCAUUCAUACAAUCUGUGUUGAUUUCACAAAAAUGGACUGACAGAAGCAUCAACAGAAUUUAGUUGUAUGGUUUUUUUUUUCUUCUACAUGUUUUUAUAAGUACAAAUACAUCUAUUGGCCCUGAGCUCACAUUAUAUUUGAUAUCUGAUUAUUCCUACUCUCAGAUUGAAACAGAGGAAUACUUGUGUACUUCUGAGCCCAGAAUUCUUGAUGGGUGUUUUUUCAUUUGGCCCAUGGGGAUGAUUGUUGUACUUUUUGUAGCACUGUAGACUGUGGAAAUUAUCAGUUGAAUUAGUGUGGAUAUGAAGAGAGGGACACCAGUGAAACCAUUCUGUUCCCCCUGCAUUGAGAGUUUGAAAAACUAAAAUAAAUGUUACUGUGUUUUGACAUGUCAUGUUUUCAGACUCAAAUAAAUAAAGAAUGAUUUUUUAGAAAA